AUGCAGUUUCUAUGCCUACACGGCGCAAUAGGUAACGUUGAUAACAUCAGUAUUCAAUUAGAACCUCUACGGAAGGAACUGGAAAGUGACCAAGCCGCCACUUUUCACUUCAUCAAUGCCCCAGUGACCGUAGACCCUCCUGAGGGGUUCACCGAAUACUUUGGCCCUGGACCUCAUUAUCGGUGGAUGGACGACGAAGGGGCUGGAGAAGAGUCCAUGAUCAAUCGUAUACGGCGGUUACCAAGCGGACAAAAUCCUGAAGAUGUCAUGCGAAGCCUAGCCACUUCCGACAAGGCUUGGAGAAACCGGGAGACGGUCAUGCAGUAUCUUUACGAUACUUUAGAGGAGCAUCCCGAGGUUGAAGGAAUAGUAGGGUACAGCGAGGGAUCCGCAAUGGCGGCUACACUGAUUUUGGACGAGGUGCAUAGGUUGCACAAAGAGGGCCGGCCCAGAAGGAUCAAGUGUGCAAUAUUUUUCACAGGCUGGCCCCCAGUCUCGCCAGACAAUGAAUUAGUUCUUUCGGACGAGAGUGAGAUCAUACUCGAUGUCCCCACAUUGCACAUCGUUGGCGCGAAUGAUCCUUAUCGCUACGGAGCCUUGGCGCUAUACAAUGUCUGUGACGCGGAUACCGCCAACAUGUUUGAUACGGGGAAGGGCCAUACAAUCCCUCGUACAGGAAAAGUGAUAUCCGAGCUUGGUGAUGCCGUCAGAGAGCUUAUCUCAAGUGCUGAAGAAUAA